AACCCAACAGCUUUGUCAUCUAGAUUUACUUGCAUAUAGAUAGUUUGCCAAAUAUUUCAAAUUCAUAAUCAAUUACGAAUCAACGAUUGAUUUCUUAAUACGAUAAAACUUAUUGUUAUUCUUAUAUAAUAAGGUUGUAGUCUCGUUGUUAAAAGUAAAUCACGGAAAUAUAAUUUGUUUGUGGAGUUAAUCAUUUGUGUACAUAAUGUAAUUUUUGCAAAUACUCAGUGAAGUGAAUAAUUGAGUUACCGCAGUUAAUGAUUUUCUGCUUCAAAAUUUCCUACGAGUGUUGACCAUUGCGUACAGAUUGGUUUGCGAUAAAGAGAAAAACAUCAAGUAUUAUAAAAUCGUAGUUGGAACUGAGCGAAAAAUCUAGAGUACAAUAGAACUGUGAAUCACUUAAACCACAUGUUAUUUUUCAAAUGAUUUUUGAAAAAAAUUUACAAUUCAUGUUUUCUAAGACAAAAUCAAUUAUCAAUAAACAAAGUACCACAUCAUGCUGAAAGUAUAACUGACUAUGAGCAGAACAAAACUGUUGAAAAGCAGAUAUGUCAUCAAUGUGAAAAAAAUCGUUCAAAAUAUCAAUGCACUCAAAAGUCAUUUACCGAACAAAUAAACUGCAUGAGUUAUAUUAAUAGUACUUAGAAGCCGCUAUCGAUUGACCAAUUGUAAUUGACAUUUAAUAUCUAUUGUGCAAUAAGUAUAAACACUUCGCACUCAACAAUGGAAACUCUAAGAGUUUUGGGCUUACUUAUGCACAAGAAUUACUUGAUACGAAAAAGACAAUGGAAAAUGAGUGUAUUUGGAGAAUUUUUAGUACCUGUUGGACUGAUCAUUUUAAUAUGGGCCAUAAGAAAUUUAACGGCUGAGCCUCCGGUAAAAAUCGACACACCUAAAUAUUACGACAGUAUUCCCAGAGACAGCAUUAUUAACCAAGAAAACUUUUACGUUAAAACUAUAUUGUACGCACCGGAAAAUGAUUUUACAAAAAAGUUCAUGACAGAACUUACCACAAAUUGUCUUCCGAUGAGUGAAUAUGAGAAAGUCACAAUAAAAGGAUUCGAUACAGAAGAAAAAUUGUUGUUAGAGUAUAAAAUUAAUUCUACGAUUUUUAAUGAACUUAUAGUCAUAAUAAUGGAUAAUAAUGUUGGAGACAAUUCGAAUGACUUUCAUUAUAAAUUUAGAACUAAAUUCCCAGUCAGCCCAUUUAAUGAUUUGUUUAAUAUUUUCAAUCGCGAUAUGUACAAGUAUUUCAUGAGAUUUAAUAUAUUGAGAUAUCAAACGUGCAUGGAUGAAACUUUUAUCAAAAUCAAAUCAAAAAGUACCGAGUUAAAUCAAAACUUUUCUAUUCAACGAGUGCCAGAUCCUCCUCACGUAAGACCAGAAUUUGCUGAUAAUAUUUUUAGACAGCUCUUAGCUGCUUUUGCCGUAGUUUCAUUGAUGAUACCUCUGCUCAUAGAAACGGCUAAAGCGUCAAAUGAAAAAUUUUUAGGUGUAAAUAUUUUGAUGUCAAUGAAUGGGGUCUCCGAUCGCCUCAAUUUAUUUAGUUGGAUUCUUAGUGGACUCAUAUUUAUAAGUGUAAGCUGCAUCAUACCCAGUAUUAUUUUUCUAGUAUUUUCCUUCGGUCAUGCAGUGCCAUUCCUGUAUUACGGAAACAUAUUUAUUAUAUGGCUCGUUUGGACGCUUCACGUAGCUCAUUUAUUGAGCAUGGGAAUACACUUGUCAGGAUAUUUUUCUAAACCACAAUUUAUCAUGUUCGGACUUCUAAUCAUGGUCGUUGGCUCGAUGUCCUUACAAACAUAUGGACUAACUGAAAAAAAUUUUCCUAUUGUACCAUACCUGGGGAUCAUUUUUCCAAAUCUUUUACUUUACAGAGCUAUUGGUGAAAUUAAUUACUACGAAACAAUAGCUGAAGGAAUCAAUUGGAGCAACUUAUUUAAUGUAGGAAAUUCCGCAUAUAAAUUUGGAGGAAGCAUAGGGAUGAUUAUGAUUUUGACCAUACUAGGAACGGUUUUGCAUUUUUCUCUUGCCGUUUAUUUAUAUGCUGUUAAUCCCGGAAAGUAUGGAGUUAAAAAGGACCUAUUGUACUUUUUACAGUGUAAUAAAAAAAAUCACGAAGAAGAUGUAGAAAAAUACGAAAUUCAUAAAGGAGACGAUAAAUUAUUUGAAUCAGUUCCAAACGGUGUUUUCACUGCAGGAAUUCAGAUACGUAAUUUAAAAAAAACUUACAACAUAGGUCUAUUUAAUAAAACGAAAAUUAAUGCACUAAAAGGAAUUACGCUGGACUUAUUCAAAGGUCAAAUAACAGCAUUGUUAGGCCACAAUGGAGCAGGAAAAACAACAAUGAUGUCCAUCCUGACAGGAAUGAUGAGUUCUUCCGAAGGUUCAGUUUUUGUAAAUUCAAAGAAUAUUAAAAGUAAUUUCAGAGAGAUUAUGAAUGAUAUGGGUCUCUGUACACAAGAAAACAUGGUUUUUCCACUUUUGACUGUUCGAGAGCAGUUAAUUUUUUUCGCUAAGUUAAAAGGCAAAACCAAUAACAAGGUUGUAAUAGAAGAAACAGUCAAUGUAUUUCUCAAAAAACUUAAUCUAUAUGAAAAAAGAAACGUAUUGCCAGAAAAAUUAUCAGGCGGACAAAAACGACGUGUAUGCCUCGGUAUGGCUUUAGUUGGAGAUCCAAGUAUACUCAUAUUAGAUGAACCGACGUCUGGUUUAGAUCCCGAGAGUAGACGAGUCAUCUGGGAUAUAUUAUUAAAAAUGCGAGGCCGUAAAACAAUAUUGAUAAGCACACAUGAUAUGGAAGAGGCAGAUAUACUCGGAGACAGGGUAGCUAUAAUGCACACAGGGCAAUUAAGAAGUUAUGGAACUUCCAUGUUUUUGAAAAAAUCAAUGGGAGAAAAUAACUUGGAAAUCACAUUGUCAGUUGAGCCUUGUUGUGACGUUGAGAAAAUAAAAAAUGAGUUAGGCAGAAAUGGAAAAAUAACAAACACUGACGGCAGUAAAAUACAGCUUAAUAUUCCUGACUCUGAUGAGUUGCCAGAUGCACUCGAUAAGUUAGAAAGAAUGAAAAAUGAUCUCGGCAUAUCUGGUCUUAGUGUAUCAUUAAUUAGUUUGGAGCAGGUUUUCUUAAAGGUUACUCAAGACGACGAUGGCUCAGAAAAAUCAAUAGGUCCUUUUGAAAGUAUAGUUUAUAAAUUAAAAGGAACAAAUCUACUUUUACAAGCAAUCAAUGCAUUAAUUUAUAAGAAAAUAAUCUAUACAUGGAAAAAUUUGUCAACACUUUUCAUAAUGAUACUUCUGGUAUUUUUUGGAUUGAUGAGCAUCUCACUCGUACUUCGAGAAACAAGUGUUUUGAGCCCUGAAGAAAAAAUAACACCUAUCCGAUUAGAUAUGUAUUUUGAACCAAAAACUUUUUACUCGAAUAAUUUCAAGGAUUAUGGCGAGAAGUAUAAAGAAUUGUCACACAAUAUGGGUGGCACGAGCACACUAAUAGAGGAGAAGUCUUUGAACGAAGGUUUAAUGAAAUUAAUCAAGACAAAUUUUCAAUACUACAACAAUCACUUGAUCGCAGCAGCAGGAUUCGACAAAACAUCGAACGGCACCCUCUCGGUCAAUGCGUUUUAUUCGAACAAUCCUUUCUACAGCCUGCCCAUAUCAGUCAAUAUGCUCUCGAACACCUUGGCUAAGAUUAGGCUCGGCAAUGACGUAUCUAUAAGCUUUUCUUUGCAACCUCUUCCGUCCAGCGAUAAACUGUACCAAGAUAACACAAUGUUGAACGGGUUUACAACCUCGGUCAUAUUCGUUUUUCUUUUUUUCCCAACUCUCGCACUGUUUGUCAUUCAUCCUCUGCGCGAGUCGUCAACCGGAGUGAAACAUUUGCAGAAAAUGACUGGUGUUUCGUAUUUCAGUUACUGGGGUACGAUACUCCUCUUAGAUUUUAUUGUAUUUUUAGUACUAGUUGGAUUGAUAAUAGGCGGUUUCAUAGCAAUGGACUUGAUACUGGAUAUCAGAAUAUUCCAACAAAAAGAAAUAUUGAUUUUGUUCAUGUCGUUAAUUUUGUUUGGAGUUAAUACAUUGCCUCUAGUCUACAGCUUUAGUUUUCUAAAUAUUGAAAGCAGCUCUGCUGUGCGAAUAAUAACUUACAUACCUUUAGCUUUUGUUUCGGUGGAGCUCGUUAUGAUGAUUGUCAAUAUCUAUUUAGGUGUUUAUAGAGCUGUCCAAAUUAUAAGGCCAAUUCAAAAAGGACUAUUUUUACUUGUACCUUACGUUAGUUUCUUUCACAAUCAAAUAUCUUUUUUUAUAACUGCGCAAACAAAUGCAAGGUGUAAAAGAUUGCCAAAUGAAUUUUACGACGAAUCCUGUAGAAGCUCUCGCAGAUUAAAUAUUUGUUGCAUGCUUGGUUGUUACGAUGGAAAGUGCGCAAGAUCAGUGGACUACUUCAGCGAUUUUGACAAAGACUUUACCUUAGAAGAGAGUCUCGUUUAUUUGGCUUUGACUCCAUUGCUGUAUUUUGCUAUAUUGGCAGUGCUAGAGUAUAAUGUCAUCGGAACCUUGAUGAAAAAAUACAAAAAACUCGAACCUGUGAUAGAUCCAACUGACGAACAAGUACGAGCCGAAAAAAAUGCAAUCUCGCAAAAAAUUUUUGCUCUGACUGGAAAAAACAUCGACAUGGCCCACAAGGAUAUAGCGACAAACGUCAGCCACUUGACAAUCGAAGAGUUCUCCUCGAACUUGAGCAGAACAGCCGACCAGACAUUCCUUGUUUACGAAUUGCGAAAACUAUACGGUAAUGUGCGAGCGGUCGAAGACGUAAGUUUUGGGGUGCGAAAACGUGAGUGCUUUGGUCUGUUGGGAGUCAACGGGGCGGGUAAAAGUACAACAUUCCGAAUGAUGACUGGGGGCGAAAUCCCCGACGGUGGAAUCAUGUUCUUGGACGACAAAGAUUAUGUCAAGAACAAAACAUACUUUUUGUCACAAAUGGGCUACUGCCCUCAAAACGAUGCUCUUAUAACUUCUCUCAAUGCUUACGAUCAUUUACGCCUAUUCGCUCGACUUCGGGGCAUACCGAGCUAUCAAGUCGAGAAAGAAGUUGCUACUUGGAUCAAAAGGCUCAAUUUAAAUGCUUGUGCCAAACAACCAAGUGGUACCUACAGCGGUGGUAACAAGCGACGCUUGAACAUAGCGAUUGCCUUGAUCGGCUUGCCAAGUUUAGUACUUCUAGAUGAGCCGACCACCGGAGUCGAUCCCGGAGCGAGGCGAUCCCUGUGGAACGUCAUCCAAUCAUGCCAAGCCACUGGUCAAGCUGUUGUAUUAACUUCCCACAGCAUGGAAGAGUGCGAAGCGCUGUGCAAUAGAUUAUCUAUCAUGGUGGGCGGCAAGCUCGUCUGUAUCGGGCCAUCGCAGGAGCUGAAGCAACGUUUCGGCGCUGGCUACGACGUGCAGGUAAAAAUAAAUCCCGGCAAAUCACAGCUGCAAAUCGUCGAAAUUAAAAGAGAAAUUACGCAAGCCCUGCAAUGCCAGCUCGUCGAUGAAAAUUCGGGCUAUCUUAUGUAUCAUAUUGCGAGCUGCGAUAUUACUUGGAGGAGAAUGUACGAUACUAUGUACGAAAUUAAAAACAAAUACGAUUGCAUCGAGGACUUUUCUGUACUUUCGUCUACGUUGGAGCAAUUGUUUCUGCUGUUUGCGAGAGCGGCCACCCAACCUUCGAAGAGAUGAACUGAUUUUCACAUUUUAACUUAUCUUUGACUUUUUAUCAAUUUUUUCAAGUUUAAUACCGUGUCUUAUUUUUUGUCGAUUGCAAUUUAUAGAUCGAUUAUUACAUGGUUUACUAGUAGGGCAUUUAUUUGAAUACCUAUAACAUUUUACUACAAAAUUAAUCGGAGAUAUUUUAAAAUAUUAUUAUUUACUCUAUAUGCAUAUCAAUGAAUUCAUUGAAUAUUAGAAAUUCAAAACAAUUCUACUAUAGUAUUUAGAUGAUUCCACCGAGUGAUACCACGAAUUUAGAGGUUCAAAUAUAGUAUCUUUAAGUUUCAUAUAGCUGUAUUCAUUCACGUAGCUCAUGUAAAUCAAUUAGUAUCAUGUAGUCAUAAAACUCUAAGAAUGUUCUUUAGAAAAUCGAAUUAAUGAUGAGCAUUGAAUAAAAAUCUGCAAAAAAGUGAUCAAAAAUUUAAAUAAAGUAAUUUUGGUGUACCGUGGGUGACUGUGAGCGUAGAUAUUAAUGAGUAUAUACUUUUUACAUGGGCUCCUAUAAAUACAGAUUCUGUUUUUUUUCGUCAUAGCUUUUUUACCAAUAUUGCGAAUUGCUUUCUAGUAUGCACGUUGGAAAGAGUAAGAACUGAGCAUUAUUUUCUGUCCUUAAUUAUAUACUUAUGAUAUCUGCGAAAGACGAACAACGUAUGAACAUUGAAAAACUCAAAAAUAAAAACUUAUUUAUAGUUUUUUAUGAUGUUAAUACAUAUCUAUACAAUUUAUAGUUUAUAUGUAGUUUAUAUAUAAAGUAAUAAAUGAUAAUGUUAUUUAAAAUAAAAUAACAGAUGUUAUAAGAAGUCUGCAAAUAAACUAGACAAUUAAAAAUGUUCAAAAGCUA